AUGGAACAUUUUCAAGAACCAUAUAAUGACGGAAACCGCGACGGGGAUGAAUCACCUGACGCCUCUCUUUCCCUUGGAGGUGUUCCCUCUGCGGAAGUAGCACUGAAAAUCCUGGAAGAAUCUAAAUUCCUUCAACAGCUUGAUCAAUUCGUCAUUCUGACAGACCUAACCUUUGGGCUCUGCAAUUCGUUAUGGAACAUACUGGAUCAUGAAUACCCGGAUAUCCGAAAAACCGCGUCCCCAGAAGACGGCAUUCUGGAGCUGAGAAUGCCCUCAUGGACCCACGACAGUGUUGUGACCUGGCUUGCGAAAUGCGUGAUUGACUGGGCCCUGCGAGGACAGUUGACGCCGAACGAGGUAGAGGAUCUGUGGAUCCUCUCAAGCCCUGUGGUCAAUCUUCCCAAUCCCGUACCAAAUCCUCCACGAGCACCCCGGAGAAAUCUGAAAAAAGAGCCAGAUACUGGUCUCAUAUCGUACCGCGCCCCUUCAUCCGGCUUCGACUCUCAGGGAAAAAAGCUCUCUCCUGUUCCCAGCAUCUUAUUCGAAGCUGGAUUUUCCCAGUCCUAUGAAAGUCUAAAAGAGAAUGCACGAAGAGUUCUUCUGGGAGGAGCUCCGACUGUUCGUUUGGUAGUGCUCGUGAAACACUUCAAACAGGCCCACAAACGGGUCAAGACAAAAAUCGAAUUCUGGAGGCUGAAUAGACAGGGUGUCGCCCAGAAAGAUGAAGAAAGAUAUAUUUUUCCCGUCCCCAACGUCCCUCAACUGCCCCUAUGCGUGACCCGGGAAGACGUAUUUGGAUCAGCGUUUAUCCUGGAUGGCCAAAACCCCCACGAUCUCCUCGAGUUCAAUUUGAACAAGUUUCGCGUCGUUGCAGCUAGAACCCUGGAUCACCAGGGUCUGCGACCAAUGUAA